AUGUCGACAGUUCCAGAUGUCAUCCAGGCGAUGCGACUGCGUCUGGAUGGCGAGCUUCCCAUCCCUCUAUGUUCCACAGUUCUGGUUCUCACUGUCCUGUUCAUUCUUUCUUUCACCCUACAAGAAGAUACUGGCAUCCCUUUGGUGAGGGACACGGGCAAAAAGCGAUUCUCACUGUCGACAUUCAUCGCAUAUUUCUUCAACGCCAACGAGGUGUUUCGAGAGGCUUAUGAUACGCAUUUGAAACAUGGCCGAACAUGCCGGAUUCCGGAUAAGAGUUUCGGGACGAUGGUCAUCCUGCCAAAUUGUUAUAUGCGAUGGAUGCUGGCCCAGCCGCAAAAUGUCCUCGGCUCGCGCGAAGCAAUCGUAGAAACAGUCCAGGCCCGAUGGACGGUCGGUCACUCCAGGUACUUUACCGAAGAGUGGCAUUCGGCAUUUCUGAAGCGCUCUAUCCGCUCCUUCAUGGACACUGAGAUCCCGCGGUUCCAGGAGGAACUUGAACGGAGCAUACUCAGUAUGUUCGGCAGUGACGAAACGAACUGGACUGAGGUCAACCUUGCCAAGUCGAUCAAGCAUAUCCUCGUUCGGUCCACUGCCCGAUAUAUCGUGGGAUCUCCGCUCUGCUCCGAUCCAAGAUUUCUCCGAUGGACUCUCAUAUUUAUGGAGGUCAUCACUCCCAUUAGUGAAGUCCUAAAACCCAUUCCUGAGAUAUUUCAUCAAUUCAUCGGUCGCGUUCUAUCACUUCCGCGAAUUAUUGUGGUCCAAAAACUGAAGAACAUAUUGCGCCCGACGUACGAGGAGCGUCUCAGGGGGCUCAGAAAUGGAGAAGGACCGGAAGGGGAACCACAAGACUUCCUUCAAAAGAUCAUGCGACAUCUCUACGAAAACAAUAGCCCCGAUCUCAAUCUCCAUUUCAUCACGGUUCAUAUCAUGAUCUUCAUGCUGGCUGCCGCGGUACAGCCGUAUAUGCUCUCUCCGCACGUGAUUUUUGAUAUGCUAGACUCAGACGCUGAAUACGGAACGAUAUCGCAAACCAAGGAGGAACUGAAUGAAGUCUUUGGCGAAGCCAGACAAGAAGAGCCUCGCUGGACCAGAAAUGACGCAUCCCGACUGAUCAAGCUAGACAGUGUCCUUCGAGAGUCACUCCGAAUCAACACCCUAGUGAGCCACAGCAUGCCACGAAAGGUGAUGGUCGAUGGUCUCAAAACACCUGAUGGUUACACCUUGCCCAAAGGCUCGACGGUGUCUCUCCUAGCCAGGACGGUCCAGACAGAUCCUGACAUCUACCCCGAGCCCGAGAAGUUCGUGCCUUUCCGGUUUGCUGGGCCCGACGGGAAGAGGUUAGCAGUCACGUCGUCGGAGUUUCUGGCUUUCGGGCACGCGAACUAUGGAUGUCCCGGUCGCUUUUUGGUCGCGGUGGAGCUGAAAAUGCUGCUUGCGUAUCUUUUCAGGCAUUACGAGGUUGAACUGCCGGUAGAGUACGGCGGCAAGCGGCCGCCAGCGAUGUGGAUCACUGAUUUGAAAAUUCCUCCUCAGAACGGGAGAGUUCGACUCAAGAAAAAGGCACUCUGUUAA